CGCGCCGCUCGUAUUGGACGUGGUUUCGCAGAGGUUGCAAGCGUUUGUUCGCGUUUUCCACUGUUUGGAUUAGGUGAUGUAAAUUUUGCUACCGGUGUUCGCAACAAUCCAGACCGUGGGUGGUAUUUUCCUGUCGGGCGUACUUUAUUGGGUGUUUGUGUUCGGGCCGGUAUUUUCCGCUGUACAAGCGUGGUUGAUUGAUUCAAGAGAGAAACGUAUGCGAAGAAUAAUUUUUUUGAAAUUGUUCAAUCAGUGAGGAGAGCAGCAAGAAAACAAAAAAGAAUCAGCUCACGGGAAAGCAAAGAAACUGUUCUCACGUGCGUUCAAGUUUUCCAUCGUGGUGAAAGAUUUAGGACCGCCCCUAGGAGCACUGAAGAAGAAGAGCCUCUGGCAUCCGCAGCUCGACAGGAGCGCGAAGUAAUUGACCACAUUAGGUGUCAUUUGUCGUGGGAGAAGUUUAGGAGGCGGUAUUCUGUUGUUCCGUUGACCAGUACAAAAUCAGCGGGUAGUGAAGGUGUACGUGUUGUUUUUGUGAGAAUACAAAGAAACUAACUGUAAGAAUUAACCAACAGUAGUGAAGGUCGAGAAAGAAAACUCUCAAGAUUGUCUGCGUUGUCUUCUUGGUUUGGAAAGUGCUCUCACAAUUAGGGGAAUGAAAUGAAACUUUUCGACUAAUUAAGAUUGAUAACGAAAUUAAUUACGGACAAAGUUUUGGGCUGUUUUCUUCAGCCUGUCCAGGUUUUUGAUAAAGUGCUUAAACACAUGGCAGAUUUGUAAUCUUCCUAGAACGUAAAGAUUUUCCCGGUUCGCAAGUGGUGUAGCAGUGAGCAGUGUGAAAAAAAUUCAGUGAAGUAAAGUGCUAGGCUACAUUAGUGAAAAUAAAAGCAAACGAAGAAUUGUUCGCCGAAAGUGAGUGAAGACCGAGUGAGUUGCAAAUUGUGUUUCACGUGCAAGGAUCCCUAAAAGAUUACGUCGCCAGGAUGAAGAUGUCAAAAUUAUCCAAUCAAACCAAUUCGCAAGAUCCGCAGGCAGUGAACUCGCGAGUGUUUGUCGGAAACUUAAACACAUUUCAGUGCUCCAAGACGGACGUUGAGCGGAUGUUUCAGCGCUACGGACGAUUGGCAGGAAUCUCAAUGCACAAAGGCUACGCAUUCGUACAAUUCACAAACCCAUUCGACGCACGAAACGCCUGUCACGGAGAGGAUGGAAGAACAGUGCUGAGUCAAACAUUAGAUGUCAACAUGGUUGCCGAGCCGAAGCCACACCAAACGGGACGGAAGAGACAGAACAAGUCUAAAACUGGAAACGAUUGGGAUUAUUACUACGACAGUUACUAUGCAUCGACACUUUUCGGCCCGAUCCAGCAGCAAUCCAACUCCCAGCCAAGGCCUCUCAAGCGACAACGAUUGAUGGCUCCGAGCCGGCUGGCACUGACAGGCAAAUUGAAUGGUGCUGGCAUGUUGGCAGGUCCACAGGUUCCACCUCAGCAACAGGCCCAACAGCAGCUCCAACUGGCAGCAGUUGCGGCAGCGGCAAGUCCAUCGGCAACGGCGGCAGCUGUGGCAGGAUUUGGCAGUUACUACGCCAGUGCCAACGGUGCGCUGGGCGGAAAUGGAUUAACCAACGGUUGCAUCUCCACCAAUGGGUACAUCAACAACAACAACUGCUAUAUGGUUAAUGGCGAAUUGAAUGGGACAAUGUCCAGUUUUACCAACGGACAACACGUUGUUGGACCAUACAAAGUUUACAGUAACCCGGAUACCCUUAUUUGUGGCAAUUGUCGGGAAAUGUUCACAGAUUUGACAGAGCUUCUGGAUCACAAGAAGGCCUAUUGCAAGCUAAGGUUCACCUGUAAAUGCGUCUCACCAGCCAUCGCUAAGAACAAGAGCUCCCCACCAUCGGCGAAACUGCUCUGCGUAGCCUGCAAGAAUUCCUUCUCGAACCCAUGGGAUUUGAUGGUUCACGCCCAGGCGGCUCACAUGGUUAACAUUUACGAGCUGGGCGACUCUUCCGACGAAGAGAAGUCAUCCUCGGCGAGUGUCAGCUCCGAGUCGCUUUCAUUGGCACUUCCGUCGGCAAACGAUGCCGGUACCGGUUCUCCCAAACGGCUGACCAACGGCAACGACAAAAACCAACUCAACGGAACCCAUCACCAGGAAAUGGAUCGGGACGAUAAGGACAAAUCCUCCGAGCAGAACGAGGAUUCAAAUGCCGACAGCAGCAGCCACAGCAGUAUUGGAAUGCACGGCGCUUCGUCGACGGAGGACAUCCACUCGGAAAACGGCGACUCGAAAGUCAACGGUCAUUCGGCUUGCAAUGGUAGUAGCAGCGGCAGCAGCAACUCAUCGGUCUCAUCGAUACAGGUCAGCGACGGUGGAGCGGGUGACUCACCACCGACACGUGCCUGCAUUAUGACCGCACUCAGCAUAGAUACCAAAGCGAACCCGGAAGCCACCGUUGCCUUGAAGAUGGUCACAUCAACGCUGGGCAUCUCACUGACGAACGGAACGGCUGUAGCCGCCGCUACCCAGUAGGUCUCAUUUAGCAACUCUAAGCUGCACACACUUCCACGUGGCACCAGUAACCGAGUGUGAUCUAUCUGCUGCAGAUUCAGUGUAAAAAGUGAAACGAAUCUAACCGGGCUCCCAUCAUUGUAAGUAAUCUGCUGAAGAAAUACCAAAUAAAUGAAGAAAAAAAAGUCAACUUGAUAGGAGCUUUGAAUCUGGUAGUUAAAAUAAUUAAAAUAUGUAUCAUAGAAAGAAACUUUACCGUUUCUGUAUUCUUAGGGUAUACGUAAACAGCCAUACUGUACAAUACUGAACCCAAUAACAACACAUCAAUUGUUCUUCUAACGAGUAAAGGAAGGUAGUUAUAUUGACAGAUAAAAAAAAAGUUUAUGUCACUAACAAUUUGGGAGAUUAUUUUCGAAACAAAACUAUUAAGAGCUUAACGAGAUUUUGUUGGAACUUGAAUAACAAUGGGAAGAAAAACAUUACAGUAAAUCCCAAGUAAAAUGAAGUAGCUAGGAAGCAAAUAGAUUUAGCAGAUAUUUUUUUUUUGUUAUUAUUUGAAAACGACCAAAUUUGGUGAUUCAGAAAGAAAAGUAUAUAGCCUAGAAAAAUAAAACACAAAAAUCUCAUGUACAUAUCAAGACAGUAAACGAAUUAAGAAACCUGGUCAGGCGUUUGGAAUAGAAAUGUAACAAAUGUAUCCUACAAAACAAAUUAAAGAAGAUUUUACACAGUAUAUUUACAGUUUAAGAAUUCUGCAAAUGCAAAUGAUUGUAAAUACAGAAACUAUCAACUUUAAUCCAAAUCACUGGAACGCUGGAGGAAGGAAACAACGUAAUCAAAAUCAAAUUGAAUGUCUAUCUAACAGUUCAAAAGUUACGUUUCACUUUAGAAGCUAUAAUCAUAGUUAUGUCCGCUUCCGGUGAAGGGCUUUGACAGACAACAAUGAAUAUCAAUUACAGUGUACCCUGGACGAAUGCGUUGAAUCCCUCCAUUUUCCUCCCUCUUAACCGCGCGCGCUCUAAUUGAUUAUGAUUAGGUGACACAACUGAACACAUACACACACAUACACAUACACGCCUACGCACGCAUUCGGAAUAUGUUCAAUUAGUGCUCACUGACAGGUGCCAUUGUGCUGACCGGCCGAUAUCGGUUAGUUAUAUCGGUAUUUUCUUACCCGCGUCUAUUAGCGGCUAUUCUAGCACUCCAUAGAUAUCUCUGCCUUGACAUCUACGGCGGGCUGCGAUUCGCUUAAAAAUUGAUGAACUCCGCAUGGAUCUAGCUCCCUGUCCAGACAAGCUGUCAUUCAACCUCAAAUGGCCGCAACCACCUGCUCGCUAAUUGAUAGAGAAAAGUCAAUCUAACCAAAUUAGAGUUUCAUUAAUUUUGAUGAGUUUCGUACGCUUGGCCCCGUCGACACCUGGCGGCUGGACACGGGGCGGGGGAGUUGAGUUGGAUGGUUAUGGUUGUCCUCGGGCCGCGAGCUGCACAUAGUCUGCAACGCCGCCCUGAAUGGGUCGCUACCCAUGUGUUAGCGGGAUGGGACGAUAAAAUCUACAUAUUUAUUGUGUUAUUAGGAAUAAUAUUAUACACCUAUACAUAUUUUGAAGCCAGUACACAAAAUGCCCGCAGCUAAUAGCAAAAUCUAGAUUACACUUUGACACUAGGACAGAAAAAUCAGCGUAAUCAAUGACAAUGACACGUGGGAUGUCUCGAUAAAUUAAUUUUUAUCAUUUGAAAAUAAGCAAAAUUUAUUUUAUACCUAAUUUUUAACCAACAGCAAACCUAACCUAUUUAUUCUAGCUGUGAGUCAAUAACAGGACCCGCUUUAUUGUUAGCUCGUAAUUUCACCCGACAUGAGUCCGACGAGGCUGGGGAACUAUAAAUUACAACUUAGUAUCUGUUAUCUAUGCGUUACAUGUUAGCUGAAAAUCAGCACACUUUGUGUACUAGAAUUUGAAACCGGAGAGAGAGAGAGAGCUUCGCUCGCCACAAAACAGCAACUAUACCAAAUUCACGCAACAUGCGGAAACUCCUCAUCACAAAACAGGAUAACGCGGGACAUUCACCCACAUCCACCCACCGCAAAUAUGAGCGAACCAAUUUUCAGUGCAUCUCUUUCACUCUCUUCAACUUCCAUAUUUACAAUACACUCACUCUAUUACUGGUGGCACACAAAACAAAACCCAAUCCGCGCGUAUUGCUGUCAUCCUUGACUUGAGAGAAACGAAUUAAUUACGUACUCGCACUUCUACCGAAACCGUUAUGAUUAUUGAAUUAAUUGAUAUGAGUAAUUGUAUUCUCUUGAUCGCUUGCGCGUUGCAAUGGACGAUAAAAUGUGGACGAAGCUGCCUGGAGAUGCAAGCUGUGGGGCAAUGUGUAGAAUUGUUUUACAAAACAGUAAACCGGUAUCAAGAGAGAUUGUAAUCGAUGCUAACGAGAAAGUUAGGCAAGGAUUGAAGGAUUAUAUUGAUGAUUAUAGAGUUAAUUUAUACAUGCGAACAAAAAAAAACAUGUAACUAUACAAAAUAAAACAAAGUGAAUAAAU